AUGAUGGACGACACCUUCAAUGAAACAGACGAACAAUCUGAUUUCUCCUUCCCCAUCAUUACCUUCGACAACAGCGGCCACAACUCGCUCCGAGUCCCUGGCUUCAACGACAUCCCCAUCCACUAUGAACUCCCAUGCGACGCGCGCUUUGCGCACGGCAUAGUGGAAUGGCGACAAGCCCCCGCAGUGACAGCCCGCGAGUUGGCCAUGGUCGCUGUGAUGGACCAACUCACCGACCGGCCGGACUGGCAUCUCGAUAUCUUCAACAAGCAGGUUGUCGUGGACGAGUGGCGAAAAGAGGCCUUCGCUAGCACGCCCCUAAUGAGCGAAAGGGCGUGGGCUUGGUGUGUAAAGGAGCUUCAGGAUAAAGCUAUCUAUUUCCGCGAACAAAAUUCACAUGUUCGGGUGUUGGACAUAGGUUCCUGCGUAUGUAAAUCGGAUACGGCAACCCUAAGCUCUCUCAGCGAGGCGUUUAGGCGGGAGGUUCUUCCCGUUCUUCUGGAGCGGCGGCAGCAGCAGCAGCAGGAGGAGGAGGAUGAGGAGAAGGAGCAGGAGCAAGGGAAUCUAUAUCGGCGGUCGUCAAGCCGGAUAUUACACCUCGUCGAUCCGUUAUUAUACCCUUUGACAUACGGAAAAAGUCUGGUCUUAACCGACGGAGGGAAAGUGGACCUACACAACAUCCUGGGCUCCUACAACAAUGCGACAGUCGCGCCAAAACAUUUCGACAGACGGGUGGACGCCCAGGAUUUGCAGAAGCUUAUAGAUGACAGUCGUGAUUUCUCGAUGGGGAUUUCCCCCAUGCUCAUGGAGGGUCAAGAGUCUGGAACGGAGGUGCAUAUUACCUCAUACAUUAAUAACUUACAUCCAGCCCACCAGGGGCUGUACCAGGCCAUCGAGAAACUCGUGUCCCUAGCAAUCAAGCCGUGGAACGAUUGUCUGGUGAAGGGACAGCGUGGUUGGCACAAUGAUAUGAAUAAUGGACAACUGGGCCCUGUUCCUCUACGAAUCAUCACACACGGGGUUGAAUGGGUGAAUAAACUUCCGGAAUGGGCCCUCGCGUUUAGGGUACCUUCGGAAAGCGAGAAACGGCAGUACUACGAAGCCCAGGAAAUGUUGCAGAGCAGCAAGGAUGAUCCGACAGAGAAGGGUAGGAAGAAGUACCUGCAGGCGCAGAAAGAGCUGUCCAUGUUCACGCAUGUUGCAGGCAAAGAAGAUAUGGAGUUGCCUCCUCCGGACUCGGACCUGUGGCAGAAGGCCAAGGAGUACCUUGAGCUCCCGGAGGAUGAAUCGAAUAUCCCGGUUAAGGUCCCCGACGACUGGGCGCAGGGGCUAAAGUCGCCGUGGGACAUGUUGAGGCAAAAAGUGAAGCGGGUGAUACGCUUCAAGCAUCCGGAGCCAGGGACUGCCUUUUCAUAUGAGGACUGGAAGGCUGGCCGGCACAACGAUAAAGCGAUUAUCGACAUUGUGCGCCAUCGGAAAAACUGGCCAACCCAUGGGCGGCCCUUCCAGCCCGUCAUCCCACCCCACACCCCCUAUAAAAUCACUCUCCAGGACAUCUUUCGGAAGCAAGGUCUACAGGUCAUCGUGAAGAUGGAGAACAUCGAGCUCACCCCUCAGACCCCUAACUACUCUAGCGAUACGUGGCAGCUCGAAGGCCAGCUAAACCAGCAUAUCGCAGCUGUGGCCGUCUUCGCAUAUGACGUGGUCAAUAUCACCAAGGCCCGCAUCGCAUUUCGCCAGUACACCUCCCUUCACGGAUGCUUUUAUCAAUAUUCUGAGGAGCGAUAUAAAGCAGGCGUGGACUACGAUUGGCGUAAUCUACCAGCCCACCGGUACGGAACCAGGGAAAAGGAGUAUGGGGCUCUAACGGCGAUCCUGGGGUUCUCAUGGAGAGACCUUUCGAUUGAUUAUCACGGCACUCGGUCGUACCAGUGCACCGGGUCUGUCGCGACCCCGCAGGGGCGACUGGUCACCUUUCCCAGCGUCCUAGAGCACCGGGUCGAACCAUUCCAGCUGGCCGAUCCGACUCGCCCGGGACAUUAUCGCUAUAUCAAGCUGUACCUGGUCGACCCGCACUACCGGGUGUGCUCCACCCGCAAUGUUCCGCCACAACAGCACCACUGGUGGGCACAAGAGGUGGGCAACGACCUUACCUCCUCGGCAGGAUUGCCUCGGGAACUAGUGGAUGGGAUCCUCAAGGAAACGGACAGUUGGCCGAUAGGGGUGCAAGAAGCGAGACAGCACCGACAGGAACUCAGCAAGGAGCACUUUUGGAAUGAGAGGCGAUCAUUAUUCCUUUCGACAUUGCAGCACAAACGCUAUAUUAUCUCCUCAGUCUUUCGGCGCUUAAAACGUAUUCCCAUUCUCUAUGCUGCCCUUCAACAAUCGGCCCCUCAUCCAACACACAGCAGUGUCAUAGACACCGAGCCUCACAGCGUUGUAUCACCUGAUGCAACGAGCACCAAAAACGGCAUUCCUAAGCAUGUCGGUGUUCGCGAAGAGCCUAAACGAGCGGGGAAACUCUUCAAAUGA